AUGAUGAAGUUCCUUGAAGGACCUGAGAGGAUGAGGCUGGGCAGGAAUGUUGAAGCCAGAUAUUAUAGGUUCUUGAAGCCUGCUCCUGCCUCGCGCCCUCUCCGUCCCGCGCCGCAGCCCUCUGCGGUGGACACUGCGAGCUCAUACGCGCUGGCGCGUCUCGGUCUCCCUGUGACGCGCACUCCCGCCCUGCCUCGGCCCAGGUGGCUGGGAGUUGCAGCUCUGGGACUGGCCACCAUGGCUCUGGGGGCGGUGGCCUGGCGCCAAGCGCGGUGGCGGCUCAGGCGUCUGCAACAGGUGGGCACCGUGGCACAGCUCUGGAUCUACCCUGUCAAAUUCUGCAAGGGGAUGUCGGUGAGCGCGACUGAGUGCAUCGCCAUGGGGCUGCGCAGCGGCCAACUGCGGAACGGGUUUUGGCUUGUGAUCAACAAAAAAGGGAACAUGGUUAUAGCUUGUCAGGAACCUCGCCUGGUCCUGAUUUCCUUGACCUGUGAUGGUGACUCCCUGACCCUCAGUGCAGCCUACACAAAGGACCUACAGCUACCCAUCAAAGCAGUGCCCACCACAAAUGCAGUGCACAAGUGCAGAGUGCACAGCCUGGAGAUCGAAGGCAGGGACUGUGGUGAUGCAGCCGCUGAAUGGAUAACCAGCUUUCUGAAGACGCAGCCCUACCGCCUGGUGCACUUUGAACCUCACAUGCAACCAAGACGUUCUCACCAAUUAAAGGAUGUGUUCCGGCCCACUGAGAAGAUUUCUUACCCUGACACCAGCCCAUUCCUAAUCCUUUCUGCGGCAUCCUUGGCAGAUCUCAACUCCAGACUAGAGAAGAAAAUUAAAGCAACCAACUUCAGGCCAAACAUUGCAAUUUCAGGAUGUCAUGUCUAUGAAGAGGACACCUGGGAUGAACUCCUAAUUGGCAACGUGGAAAUGAAAAAGGUUAUGUCUUGCCCCAGGUGCGUUAUGACCACUGUGGACCCAGACACUGGAGUCAUAGACCGGAAGGAGCCACUGGAAACCCUGAAGAGCUACCGCCUGUGUGAUCCAUCUGAGAAACAUAUAUACAAAUCAUCUCCUCUUUUCGGGACCUAUUGCUUGGUGGAAAAAAUUGGAACCAUGAGAGUUGGUGACCCUGUGUACUGCAUAGUGUAA